CCUGGGAGGAGGUGCCUUGUCAGGCCCAACCGGACGGCGGGAGAGAGCGAGAAGGGCAGGAGAAGCGUGCCAGCCUUUUCCGCCCUGGGCCCGGAAGGGUGAUGUGGCUGGGGCUUCGCCGGCCUCAUUAUGUCUGCCAUUUUCAAUUUUCAGAGUCUGUUGACUGUAAUCUUGCUGCUUAUAUGUACCUGUGCUUAUAUCCGGUCCUUGACACCCAGCGUCCUGGACAGAAAUAAAACUGGACUGUUGGGUAUAUUUUGGAAGUGCGCUAGAAUUGGUGAACGGAAGAGUCCUUACGUUGCAGUAUGCUGUAUUGUGAUGGCCUUCAGCAUCCUGUUCAUACAGUAGCUUGGAAAAAUGCCAGAGUUUAAUUGCCAUCACAUUUCAAUAUGAAAAAGACUUAUCUGCAGAAAAUAAUGGAAAGGAUGGUUAACCCUUUUAUCUCUGAACAUUGAGUGAGAUACGUUUCCAGCUGCUGUUCUCCAUUUUUAUGUUAUUAGACCAAUGUUCUAUAUAUAAUUAAGAUGUAACCAUUUAAUGCUCAAAAAGUUUAAUAUGUUUGUAACAAUCAAUCUCAGUACUGUCACUACAAUAUUGCAUUCUGCAAGUGUCGUUCUGUUGUGUCAGAUACCAAUUUUUAGUGAGGUAUCUCUAAGGCAUAUAGUAGAAAACAAAAUUGAUAAAUUAUUCAAGUUCCUUUCACUGUGAUUUGGCAAUGAUAAAUCUUUAUAGAAUGAGAUCUUUUUUGGACUAGCUCUUUUAUUGGGGAAAAAAAUGGUUCAGCGUGUGUUGGUGUAAGGGUUGCAUUCAUGUUUAAUAACACUUUUCCACUGGCCACACCAUUUUGAAUGCAUGUUCACCAGAGUACCUCUAUUACUCUUAGAAAACUCUGUAGUUUAUUACAGGUUUUUUAGCUAUUUAAAAUAAGACUAUGCAGUUCUUAAGGAGGGAGAUAAAAGAAUUGUGACUUAAGAGUAUCAUUGGGAAGAUGUUCAUAUUUAACAUACGUUUAGAGCAGCUGACUGGUGUAAUAGCCUCUGAAACCUCUGGUCACGUAUAGAUAAACGUCUUAAGUAUAAAUUUGACCAGCUAGUCAUCUUUGAAAAAGACUUCAUUCUUAGAACGAAAAGAACAAAAUAGAGCAAUUAUAGAAUAAUGAUCCUGUAUAUGUUUUUCAUUCUUUUUAGUGUCAGGUCUUAGAAAAUGAAACAAUUAUUUUAAAUGCCCCAAUAUGCAAACUGUAUUUUUGUUUUGUUUUUUAAAUACAGCACUUUAAAUCUAGUUUACAUUUUGUUUGUCAACUUGAACUGGAAUCUCAUGGCUAUUUGCUUCUGUACUUAGUAGGUGAUGAUGAAUAGUUUUCAAAUAUACUUAUCCAUAUACCUUGAGUCUUUCGGUUUUGAUAAUGAACGGAGCUCUUCAGUAAUUUUCAGUCUAGGCAGAAGAAUAUUGGGAAUGGAACUUACACAUUUUGAAAAAAGGUAGUUAUAUAAGUUUGUGGUUAACUUUUCUUAAAGUUCAACUGAAAUUCAGUUAAAAUUUCAAAACCAGAGUUUUAAAUAAAAAGAAAAGUGGUACCAUUCUUAGAUAUAGGUAGAUGGUAUGUUAUAGACUGAAGUGUUCACUGUUUAUGUUCAAAUGGUGGUAGAAAUGUAGAAAUUUUGGUAUUUUGACCUCUAGUUAGCAUUGAAUAUUUGAAAUUCAGCCCCACAUAUCUUUUGGCAUAAAUACACACAGUUUACCCCAGAGGAAUGGAAGCUUUUGAUUGUCAUAGAUAUUUAAGAGCUCAAGAGAAGUUAAAUCAUCCAAGUUUUUUUUUUGUUGUUGUUUUUUUUUUUUAAUUUUAGGUUUCAUUUUAUAAGAGGACCUUACAUCCAAGCUAAAAAUGUUCAUAUUUUAAACCAGUCGUCAUUAGGUUGAUUCCAACUUAUGGCAGCCCCAUGUGCAUGAGUAGAACUGUGCUCCAUGGGGUUUUUGGAAGUAGCUUACCAGGCCAUUCUUCCAAGGCACCAUAUUAUAGAUACUACUAAAUAGAUAUUGUCCUCAGCUGUUAAUUUUCUCAAUAAAGAUAAAAGGAAACUUUUUUUUUUUUUUUUAAGAAAAGAAAAUUAUUUAGGAUUAUUUUAAUGAGUCUGCUAUAGCCCUUUCUUUAAAAAAAAGUAAAAUUGCAAGCCACCUGUUUUUGAAGACCACCUUAAACUGUUUGGGAUGAAUCUUAAGAAACAUACAAGAAAAGCUUCUUAUAUGCUGCCUGCUCUUUUUUUUUUUUUUUAAAUGAUAAGACCUGUUGUAGGCUGUAAUGUAUUGGAUUAUUUUAUAUUUUUGAUACGCCUGUGGCUGGUUAAAAGUGAUAUAUUUUGCUUUAGACAGGGAAUCAGGUUAUGAUAAUUGUUCCUACCCUGAAGUGCCUCUUGGGCUUAGCAUUAGGUCAAGGAUAUUCAGAGUAUCCCAAAAAUAGGACUCUUUGUCAGCACAUACAUGCAGAGUAAGUCAUCUUUCUGGGUCUAGUUUCUGGGUGGCCAUCUGGUGUGCAACCUUUGCUGCCAACUAGACUUUCCAAAAGUUUCUGUCAACUAAUUUUUUUAUAUGCUAAUGGAAGUCUAAUAUGAAAAAGGGAAGAAUAUUCUAGAUAAUUAGUUCAAAGACAUUUCUUUAACUUGGCAUUUUGGCGGAGAUAGAUGGGAAGUGGAGGAAGAAGUAACUUCUUUGGAAAAUUUGUGGUAGCAUAUAAAAAAUGUUGCUAUUUGUAGAUGCUGAACAGAGUGGCCGGUAGCUUAAUUCUAACUCCAACCAUUCUGACCUUUUGAAACACAAACUCUCUGAGAGGAGGGGAAAGACACAGGGUCUUCUGAAGGAAAGCAGUUAGCAUUUUCUCUAAUGUAUUUAUUUCAAAGAUUUACUAAUGAAUCCUUUUGUCUAACCCAAAGGGCAGCAUAGGUAGUUUUAACCCCACAGAAUAUUCGGAUAUUCUUUCUAUAGUCUUGGCAGAGUGGUGGGAUACAGAAGAGAAUUAACUUUAGCCUCCAGCGGAGAGCCCCAGUCAUAGUCCUAUUGCAGGGCUAAGUGCGGGUGUAAGAUAGUGAGCACUGAAAUCCACAGUUUACUAGGUUCAAAUGCUCUCCUUAAGCUCGUUUCGGGCUCCAGAAUAUUUUCAUUCCAUCUGUGCUGGAAUUAUUUUGUGCUAAUAUUUAGUUCCAAAUUGGCUAUAACUGUACCAAUGGCAGGGGAGUACCUACAUUCAGACAUUCUUGCAGUCAAAAAGGCGUGUAUUCUGUAGCAUUCCCUCUGGCUUAAAUAAGUGGAAGUUCAAGUCCAAUGUCUUGUCAAUGCCUUGUGCUACUGUGCCAGGCUCUGCCUUCAAUACCCUUGUAUGCAAAUUCAAAAUCGCCUUAUCAUGCUGAGGAUGCCUGUAAUAAGUAAUUUGUAAUAGACUCCUUCAUCUCAGUAAUAUAUGAGUCAGUCUGGUUUUAUCUUAGGACUAAGUAGAUGUUUGAAUGAAGUAGCUUCUUCAAAUUUAUAUAUUCAAAACUGGCCAAAUCUCUAGUUUUUUUUUAAAAGAUCGAACCCUCAUAAAUAGUAGACUGUGUUACUAUGUUCACUGCUCUUUUAAGGAGCACUUAUAGGGCGAUUGUGGCAUAUUAUUAUUGAAGACAGAAAGAUAAGGGCACAAUUUCUUCCCUCUAGUAGUUCACAGUGUGGCAGAUGAGAGAGAUGAAGUCAUUUAUACAAAGUGCAAUCUGAUGACAUUUAUUCUUGCCAUAAGCCCAGAGUUCUAGGAGAAAACCAAAAAGAAUGACAACCCAGUCAGAUGUGAACUUCUUCCAGGGGAACAAUGCUUCAACUAAACUUUGAAAAAAAAACAUAGUUUAGGAAAGAGAGAAGUAUUUAGAACAUAAGAGCAAUGUGCAAAAGCACAGUAAGAGGUAAGCUUAGAAAGGUGGACAGAGGUGGAUGCUCAAGGGUCUUGUAUUUUUCUCAUUGCUGUCUAUUAUUACCUACCUCAGAAUCGAAAUUGAGUGUGUGUUCCCUCCUGCCUGUCAGAAAACUCCUUUAGAAAACACAAAAUCCUCUCUUUGUAUGCGUAAACAAGGUUGAGUAUAUCCAUGCCCACCUCACUUUGGACCAGGAAUACAGAAGUAUACUCUUGAGAUUCAUCUGCACAGUAUGUAAGGCAGACAUAACUAACCAGUCAGUAUUUAGGGACUCUUAACAGCUCACACUUGAUGGAUGUCAAAAGCAGCCAUGAUUAUUAAAGGACGCACCUGCACAAGAAGCAGGUAGUGUGUUGUCUACAUUGCCCGGAUGCACAAGAGAUAUUUCCAUUAAGUAAGGAUGUGUGCUCUUUUGAAAGCCUCUGAGAAGUUACUAGAUCAUAGGAAGCUUGAAAACAAGAAUGAAGGAUUCUUGGGGACCACUCUACAUUCUUUGGUUUCCAUAACAGUACGUGUUCCAAAGACAAGUAGCCAAAUAAUAAUCAGCGUUGUUAAUACUGCACAGCAGUAUUAUCCCCAAUCAGCAGAUCAGUAACUGCUGGCUUCCAAAAGAGCUUUAUAAUUAUCUUGCUUUUACACUGCCUUUCAGUUCUUUUACCAAUCCCAGAUAAUAUCUGAAAUACCACUCCAACAUCAGAUUAAAAGGAGGAAGGUGGAACUAGAUCUCCUGUGAUCUUCAGAGUAGAGAGAGUCAUCCUAAUCUCUGGCGAGGGCUCAUGUCUGUGGUGCAUAAUAAAAGCUAGCUGUGACAGAGUUAACUCUCAACAGCUUUUUCCUAGUUUUAUUGCAGAAUGAGUGAAAAGCUCUUUUAGAAGUUAAAAAAUUGAAAUUACCACCUUUUGAGUUAGAUGGGCAUUUUAAUUCUUGGCCCACCAAGCUUAGUAUUUGGGGGGAGAUGGGCGGGGGGGAGGGUUUGCUGUUGGCUUGCAAAUUAAAGCUGUCCAAUCUAAUAUAUUGCCGUUUCUCUUAAUAAGUUGUCAAGAGCUUGGGUUUUUUGCUUUGGGCACCCGUUGCCGUUGAGCUGAUUCUGACUCAGCGACUCCAUAGGAUUUCCAAGGCUGUAAAUCUCUAUGGAAGCAGAUUGCCACAUCUUUCUCCUGUGAAACUGCUGGUGGUUCCGAACCGCUGACCUUAAGAUUAGCAGUCAAUGGCUUUAACCACUGCACCACCAGGGCCUUUAAUCCUUAGAGAUCGUUGAAAUCUGGUUCUGAAUGGAUGUGGCAGUUAUUAAGUGCUGGCAGUUAUUUUCAACAUUAAUCUCAGCUGAGAGUCUUCAAAUACCCUAACAUAAACAGAAAACUAGCUAUCAUUUUCUGUUCAAAAUCUGUCUUUGAUCAAUGUCCAUCAAAGUUAGAUUACUCAGCCAGUUUAUACCAUUUACUGAGAAGUACAGAAAAGCUUGUAUCAAGGGCCUUCCUUUGGGUUGCAUCAUCUUCCUGCUAUUGUCUUCCCAGCACAGCAAGAAGACAGACCUUUGUUUUAGACCUGUUACUCGAAAGCUAAAUUUGCUUAACCAAAUGAAUUGCAGUGACCAUGUUUUUAGUUUGGUUUUGAAUGUAAAAAAUACGAGAUUUGAGUUGAAACACAGUAGCUUUCUUAGUUGUCUCCUAUAUAUAUUGUAAACCUGCCUCAUGGCUCCAUCAUAACUACCAAUAGAAAAAAAACAAAGACCAGUUGUUGUCAAGUAGACUUAAACUCAUGAUGACCCCAUAUGUGUUUGAAUAGAACUGUCCUCCAUAGGGUUGUCAGUGGAUAAUUUGGGGGAGUAGAUUGCCAGGCCUUUCUUCCAAGGUACCUCUGGGUGGACUCAAACUUCCAACCUUUCAGUUAGUAGCUGAGUGUAUUAACCUUUUGCACUACCCAGAGACCCCAACUACAAAUAGAUGUAAGAUUUUAUAGAGAAAAUCACUGAAUUUCUGAUUUAUAUCUCAGUCAAAAGAAUCCAAAAAUGGCUUGGCUUUUAAGACCAUUGAGUUUAACAGCCAAGAAAGCAAAUCUGUUUGUAAUUCAGACAAUUUGCAUUAAUAUCCUUAACCAUAACGGAUUCCCCUGGGAAAAAAAAGAACCAAAAGUAUUGGAAAUAAGAGUAAGUCUCUUCACACAUGCUAUGGAA